GAAACUGGAAAGACCCUGAGCCUCGCAUUGUGCACGCGUCACCAUCUUGGAUUGAAUAUGAUCUGAUUUAUUUUACAUUUAAUGUGCAUCAAAAUUACAGUGAGUGUAACCAAUGUUUCCAGUGUCUUUUCACUUUUCAGCUUUUAAUGAGAAACUUUAAGACUUAAUGAAAACUAAUGUUUUAUUUAUUUUUUUCAGACCGAAUUGAAGAGAAUAAGGGGAGAAAAGAGGAGGAACAUCAUGUCAAAAUUGAGGAAAAAACUAAUUUACAGACUAAUGGUAUUCUGAAAAGGAGUGACAAGAAUCGUUUCACCUGCACUCAGUGUGGAAAGAGUUUUGGAAGAAAAGACUAUCUUAAGAUUCACAUGAUGAUCCACACUGGAGAGAAACCAUUCACAUGCACUCAAUGUGGGAAGAGUUUCAACCAAUCAUCACACCUUAACAAUCACAUGAAAAUCCACACUGGAGAGAAACCAUUCACAUGUACUCAGUGUGGGAAGAGUUUCAACCAAUUAUCACACCUUAAUCUACACAUGAGGAUUCAUACUGGAGAGAAACCAUUCACAUGCACUCAAUGUGGGAGGAGUUUCAACCGAUCAUCAUCCCUUAAUCUACACAUGAGGAUCCACACUGGAGAGAAACCAUUCACAUGUACUCAGUGUGGGAAGAGUUUCAACCAAUUAUCAUACCUUAAUCUACACAUGAGGAUUCAUACUGGAGAGAAACCAUUCACAUGCACUCAAUGUGGGAGGAGUUUCAACCGAUCAUCAUCCCUUAAUCUACACAUGAGGAUCCACACUGGAGAGAAACCAUUCACAUGCACUCAGUGUGGAAAGAGUUUCAACCGAUCAUCACAUCUUAACAUUCACAUGAAAAUCCACACUGGAGAGAAACCAUUCACUUGUACUCAGUGUGGGAAAAGUUUCAGCCAAUCAUCAUCCCUUAAUAAACACAUGAGGAUCCACACUGGAGAGAAACCAUUCACAUGCACCCAGUGUGAGAAGAGUUUCAACCAUUCAUCGUCCCUUAAUAAACACAUGAAAAUCCACACUGGAGAGAAACCAUUCACA